UUUUCCAAUUUCCAUUUCCAUUAUUAUUUCAAUCACAGGAAACACAAACACACAAAGAUUUAGGAGAUUACAGUAUUAUGAGAAGCAGAGAACUGAAGAAGCCGAUCAAUUAAGCGACUUCGCAGCAGGUCCAUAUGAACUUCAACUGUUCUUAUGAUGAUGAGGGCCUCAGGAUACUGCAGUUGCGAAAAUGGGCCCCCUCUGAAUUUCAGUACAAUCCUCUGGAUUUUCGUGAAGGUUUUCUUUCACCGACACGGGAGUUCUUAUUGUUGCUUUCAUACAAUUUUGAAGCAUUGCUGUUUCCCUUAGUUAAAGCAGAUCGAUGGAUGAAAAGCAAGGAGCCUGAAAGCAAUUAUUAUGCAAGCUUUCAAAAUCCUCCAGAAUUGAGUGUGCCCAGUAUUUCAGGCACACUGGAGAAUAAUUCAAGCACAUCUGAACCAGUAGAGUUGGAUUUCAGUAACAAUUGUACUUCAGAUAUUACUUUCCCAAGAUAUAGCAAUUACGGUUUUAUUUCUGAUGUAAGUUCUGUGGCCUGGGGCAUAUGUGUGGAUAAAUGUGAUCAGCACGAAGAUACACCAUUUCAAGAUCUACUUUUUGUGUCCGGAAGUCAUGGGGUGGUUGUUCAUGCUUUUCCUGAAUUUAGUAAAACUAAUGAAGUCACAAAAUGUAUACAAGAAGGUGAUUUUGGGCAAGGGAUGUGGGUAGACUGGGGACCAUCUACCACCUUGUCUUGUAAUUCAGAGGUUCAGGGAGAAUCCAAGUUGCAUUUUGAGGCAUCUAGGGAAACACCAAAUAGUAUCGAUGUGGAAGCUGUGGAAGAUUUGUCGGCAAGUGUUGCUGCAAAAAUCUGGUUGCGCACUUUCUUGACUAAGGUUGAAACACUGAAAUCUGCUGAUGGCAUGUAUACCAGGUUUCCAAAGUGUUGCUCCAAAGAAAUGAUUUCCUUUAGGAUUCUUGAUCAGGAUUCGCAACUCUUAGACUUCAUUUUUCAUGGUAGCAGCCCUGUGUCACUAGAAAAAGAGAAUGGUACCAUAUCUCCUGAUGAUCCUCUGAAAAAUACAUCUGUAAAUGCCUGUUCACGUCCAUCCAUUAUGGGCCUCGAAGAUGAUAAUUUGUCCAACUCUGUAAGUAGUGGGUUGAACAAUUUUUGUAAAUGCAUUAAAGUAUUUUCUGGCGAUUCUCAUCGGUUAGUCGGGUUUGCCCUCUUAUUGAGGGAUCCCAUACCUGUUACCACCAAUGAUGCAAAUGAAAGAAAAUGCAAUCAACUUUUUGUUGCUGUUGCCAGGUUAGCCAACUGGGGAAUACAGUGGGUUUGCUCGGUAAAGCUUGAGGAAAAUGCAGGUAGGAGCAGAUUAUCUGAAUGGACAGACUUUAGUUUCUCUCAUACUUUUCUUAUUUGUCUUAGUGCAUCUGGCUUGAUCUCCUUUUAUGGGGCAACAACUGGUGAGUAUGUAACGUGUCUUGAUGUUACACAUAUCUGUCAACUUGGUUAUAAUCCAAGUUCUGAGGAGCAAGAAAUUGACAGUAAUGCUCUUAAAGAUAAGAUGCAAGAAAAAUCAUUUCAUUAUGUUGGUAGUUUCACCGGUAAAAGAAGGUUUAGGAGGCUUGUCACCUCUUCGAAUUCCUCAGUAUUGGGUGUAAUGGACGAAUCUGGUGUAACCUUUGUCGUGUGUACUGAUGACCACAUUCCAGAGGAUUAUUUUUCAUUUGAGAAUCUCCUCCACCAACAUCAACAUCUAGGCCUUGGACUAUUGGUUGGUUGGGAAGUAGGAGCCGCUGAAAUUGGCUACCAAAGGGCAUUCUCAAACAUGUCAAUAUUUCAGGAUGUACCAUGGAAUAGAAGCUCUUCCUUUACGGGUAAUUUAAGGGGUAAGGAGCUUCUGAAAACCCACGAAAGUAAUUUCAAGGAUCAGAGGAGCCAGUAUGGCUUGCAUGUUGCUAACUUUUAUAAGACAGCCCAGAGAUUGGAUCAGAAGAAGUUCUCCAGUACUGAUUUUUCUUCCCUCCAUAUGAGGAAAGUUUUUCUUCCCCCAGGUGGAUCCAAUGAUUAUUCCUCAGUGCAUCUUUUCUCUUCGAGCAUUUUGGAUUCUGUAUACUUCCGUUACCAUUAUGUUGUGAUGCUUCAUAAUCUCACAUUGUAUGAAAUGCUUGCGAAGCAAAUGAUUGAUACAUUUUGUCAUAUCUCAACUGGGCAGGACUGCUAUUCAAACCAUUGUAAUUCACUACGACCCCCGUGUAGGCUCUAUUCACAUCUCUUCUCCAUCUUUUGGAAUCUAGCGUGGUGCUUUCGUUCACCGCCUAAAGUUCGAGUGUUAAUCUGGAGAGCUUCUCAUGAGGCUCUCCCCGCGGGGCAGAAUCUUUAUCGUUGCAGAAUUACUAAUAGUGGAUUAUAUUUGGCUGAGACUGGCUGCCAAGUUUUGGUUCUCUGGGGUGAAAGGAACGGUGUGUUACAUUGGGGAAGGAGGAGAUCUGCUAGCAUUCUAGCUGAGGUGGCAGAUGUUUUGAUGCUCGACAGUAAUUUACGCCAUUCUCGGCCAAGGGGAAAGUGGGUUAGGGGAAACUGGCGACCACUAGAUGUCGGGAGUCUAAUUUUGAACACUGAUGCGGCAGUAAUGGCUGGAACUGGAAACUUUGGGAUGGGCGCUGUAAUUCAGGAUCAUUCGGUAAUUGUUUUGGCUUUGCAAUCAAAGCAGUUAUUGGUGGAGUGUGAUAUUUUGAGGGUGGUUUUGAGAAUUCGUUCAGACUUUAAUAUGUCUCCAAAUGCUGCCUUAUUAUCUGACACUCUGGAUUUGAUGUGGGAUGUUACGCGUGGCUCUUGCCAUUUUAUUUACCAAGAGGGAAAUGGAGUGGCCCUCUUGCUUGCAUCCUUUAAUUUGGUCCAUAUGAACUUCAACUGUUCUUAUGAUGAUGAGGGCCUCAGGAUACUGCAGUUGCGAAAAUGGGCCCCCUCUGAAUUUCAGUACAAUCCUCUGGAUUUUCGUGAAGGUUUUCUUUCACCGACACGGGAGUUCUUAUUGUUGCUUUCAUACAAUUUUGAAGCAUUGCUGCUUCCCUUAGUUAAAGCAGAUCGAUGGAUGAAAAGCAAGGAGCCUGAAAGCAAUUAUUAUGCAAGCUUUCAAAAUCCUCCAGAAUUGAGUGUGCCCAGUAUUUCAGGCACACUGGAGAAUAAUUCAAGCACAUCUGAACCAGUAGAGUUGGAUUUCAGUAACAAUUGUACUUCAGAUAUUACUUUCCCAAGAUAUAGCAAUUACGGUUUUAUUUCUGAUGUAAGUUCUGUGGCCUGGGGCAUAUGUGUGGAUAAAUGUGAUCAGCACGAAGAUACACCAUUUCAAGAUCUACUUUUUGUGUCCGGAAGUCAUGGGGUGGUUGUUCAUGCUUUUCCUGAAUUUAGUAAAACUAAUGAAGUCACAAAAUGUAUACAAGAAGGUGAUUUUGGGCAAGGGAUGUGGGUAGACUGGGGACCAUCUACCACCUUGUCUUGUAAUUCAGAGGUUCAGGGAGAAUCCAAGUUGCAUUUUGAGGCAUCUAGGGAAACACCAAAUAGUAUCGAUGUGGAAGCUGUGGAAGAUUUGUCGGCAAGUGUUGCUGCAAAAAUCUGGUUGCGCACUUUCUUGGCUAAGGUUGAAACACUGAAAUCUGCUGAUGGCAUGUAUACCAGGUUUCCAAAGUGUUGCUCCAAAGAAAUGAUUUCCUUUAGGAUUCUUGAUCAGGAUUCGCAACUCUUAGACUUCAUUUUUCAUGGUAGCUGCCCUGUGUCACUAGAAAAAGAGAAUGGUAACAUAUCUCCUGAUGAUCCUCUGAAAAAUACAUUUGUAAAUGCCUGUUCACGUCCAUCCAUUAUGGGCCUCGAAGAUGAUAAUUUGUCCAACUCUGUAAGUAGUGGGUUGAACAAUUUUUGUAAAUGCAUUAAAGUAUUUUCUGGCGAUUCUCAUCGGUUAGUCGGGUUUGCCCUCUUAUUGAGGGAUCCCAUACCUGUUACCACCAAUGAUGCAAAUGAAAGAAAAUGCAAUCAACUUUUUGUUGCUGUUGCCAGGUUAGCCAACUGGGGAAUACAGUGGGUUUGCUCGGUAAAGCUUGAGGAAAAUGCAGGUAGGAGCAGAUUAUCUGAAUGGACAGACUUUAGUUUCUCUCAUACUUUUCUUAUUUGUCUUAGUGCAUCUGGCUUGAUCUCCUUUUAUGGGGCAACAACUGGUGAGUAUGUAACGUGUCUUGAUGUUACACAUAUCUGUCAACUUGGUUAUAAUCCAAGUUCUGAGGAGCAAGAAAUUGACAGUAAUGUUCUUAAAGAUAAGAUGCAUGAAAAAUCAUUUCAUCACGUUGGUAGUUUCACCGGUAAAAGAAGGUUUAGGAGGCUUGUCACCUCUUCGAAUUCCUCAGUAUUGGGUGUAAUGGACGAAUCUGGUGUAACCUUUGUCGUGUGUACUGAUGACCACAUUCCAGAGGAUUAUUUUUCAUUUGAGAAUCUCCUCCACCAACAUCAACAUCUAGGCCUUGGACUAUUGGUUGGUUGGGAGGUAGGAGCCGCUGAAAUUGGCUACCAAAGGGCAUUCUCAAACAUGUCAAUAUUUCAGGAUGUACCAGGGAAUAGAAGCUCUUCCUUUACGGGUAAUUUAAGGGGUAAGGAGCUUCUGAAAACCCACGAAAGUAAUUUCAAGGAUCAGAGGAGCCAGUAUGGCUUGCAUGUUGCUAACUUUUAUAAGACAGCCCAGAGAUUGGAUCAGAAGAAGUUCUCCAGUACUGAUUUUUCUUCCCUCCAUAUGAGGAAAGUUUUUCUUCCCCCAGGUGGAUCCAAUGAAGAUGACGUGAUAUGCUUUUCUCCCUUUGGAAUCACUCGGCUGAUGAAAAAACAUAGUUGCUUGGGAAAAAGUUGUGAGGUUACGCAUUCAGAUCUGCAUGUAGAUUUCAUUGUGGGUGAUGACAACAGCUAUAAUGCGAGAGGUAGGGAAGCCCAUGUAAAAGGAGCAGUUGGCUGCAAUUUUCAUGGAUUUUUGUAUUUAGUGACAGAAGAAGGUCUUUCGGUUGUUCUCCCUUCUCUCUCAGUUUCUUCACACUUUUACCCUGUUGAAGCAAUUGGAUAUAAGCUACCAAGUUCUACUAACAGCAUGAGAUGUCAAGCUGGUAGUCUUUUUGGAACUGAAGGAAUUAAAAACAUCUGGGCACCUUGGAAAGUGGAAAUAUUGGAUAAAGUUCUUUUAUAUGAAGGCCCUGAAGAGGCAGAUCAGUUAUGCUUGGAAAAUGGGUGGGACUUGCAGAUUUCUAGGAUCCGUCGCUUGCAGUUGGCUUUGGACUACCUGAAAUUCGAGGAGAUUGAGUCUUCUUUAGAAAUGCUCAUGGGUGUCAAUCUGGUGGAGGAAGGUAUCAUGAGGGUGCUCUUUGCUGCCAUUUAUUUGAUGUUCUAUAAAGUUAGCAAUGACAAUGAGGUUUCGGCUGCACUAAGGCUUCUUGCAUUUGCCACGGCUUUUGCAACCAAGGUCAUACGUAAAUAUGGUCUGCUGCAGCAUAACAAAGAUACUUUGGAGCCAAGGGGUUCUAGAGGUAAUCAAGAAUUUUCUCUUCCACCAGACCCGACGUGUAAAAAACAUGAUGGUGUGGGAAAUUCGAGAAGGCUCCGUGAUAUGGCUCAGUUUCUGGUGAUAAUCAGGAAUUUGCAGCGGCAACUUAAUGCCAAAUUCAAAAGGCCAAGUCAAGGAUUGGUCGAUGGUUUGGGGGAUUCGAGUUUGGUGAAUAGGGAUUUGUCUGAGGAUGACUCCAAAGAUCUAGUUGUUUCAGCAAAUGCGUUGUCAUUAGAUGCAUCAAACCAAUUGGAAAAAUCAUAUCCUGCACCAGAAACAGAUUUAAUUAGUGCCAAAAACCUCGCUUUAAUGCCUGCUGAUACUUUUGCUACCAAAACCCAUGAAGAUUUAGAGAACUUCCGAGCAGCAGUCCUUGUUUCUGAGGGAAGUGCUCUUGGAAAAAGAAUUCUUCCUUCGGAGAAUCCUAAAGAGAUGAUUGCACGAUGGGAGCUAAGCAAUUUGGACCUGAAAACUAUUGUCAAAGAUGCUCUGCUUUCUGGUCGUCUUCCUCUGGCCGUACUCAAACUGCACCUUCAACAUUCGAAGGAUUUGGUCCCUGGAACAGAAACUCAUGACACCUUUAAUGAAGUCCGUGUUGCUGGGAGAGCAAUUGCUUAUGAUUUAUUUCUAAAGGGUGAGAUUGGCCUUGGUAUGGCAACAUUGGAAAAGCUUGGGGAGGAUGUUGAAACCGCCCUCAGACAGUUAGUUUUUGGCACUGUUAGGAGAUCUCUUCGGGUGCAAAUAGCUGAAGAGAUGAAAAGAUAUGGAUACCUUGGAUUGCAUGAGUUGAAGAUUUUGGAGAUACUUUCACUUAUCGAGAGAGUGUAUCCUUGCAAUAGUUUUUGGAAGACUUUUGGUAGCCGAUGGAAAGAGCUCAAGAGAGUAUCAAAUGUAGAUGCACCAGGGGAUAUCAAUUUGCACCUACUGCAUCCACCAUACAAAAGUCUUAUCAUUCCGUGUGGUGAGAUUGAUGGAGUUGUUUUGGGUUCGUGGACAAGUAUUGAUGAACAGUCUAUCCCUACUGGAGUUGAUGAUGACAGCAGUGAAGCAGCUUAUUGGAUUGCUGCUGCAGCAUGGUCAGAUGCUUGGGAUCAAAGAAUUAUUGAUCGGGUAGUGCUGGACCAACCACUUCAUAUGGGUGUUAAUGUAUUGUGGGAAUCACAACUUGAGUAUUACGUAUGCCACAAUAACUGGGCUGAAGUUUCCAAGCUACUAGAGGUAAUUCCGUCUUAUGCAUUAUCUAGCGGAAGCCUCAGCAUCAGUAUGGAUGGUCUACAUUCGGCUUCUUCUAUUGAGUAUGGUGGGGAACUUUCUGAGUAUAACUACCCAAACUUCCUUGAAGAGCUUGAUGCUGUGUGUAUGAAUGUCCCUAGAAUCAGAGUGUUCAGAUUUCCCACCAAUAAUGUGAGCUCCUCCUGGUUAAGAAUGCUUAUGGAACAGCAGCUUGCCAAAAAGUUUAUAUUCUUAAAGGAUUUCUGGCAUUGUACUGCAGAGGUUGUGUAUCUACUGGCACGAUCAGGUUUUAUACAAGGCAUGCCUGAUAAUUCUUUCCUGGAUGGAUCUGUUGACAGCUCUUCAGAUUCAAUACUUGUUAUUGGUGAUGUAUCGGUUAAUCCUGAUGCUGUCCAAGCCUUGCAUAAAGUUUUCAUACACUUCUGUGCGCAGUAUAACUUGCUGAACCUUCUGGAUGUUUACCUUGACCAUCAUAAAUUGGGUGCAGACCAAAAUUAUGUUUCUGUUUUACAGGAUGCAGCUGGUGAUAACGAGUGGGUGAAAUGGCUGAUCUUGCUAAGGGUUAAGGGGAAAGAGUAUGACGCAUCGUUUUCUAAUGCCCGAGCUGUUGCUUCGCGUAAUUUAGUUUCUGGGAGUAAUCUUAGUGUUUUGGAGAUUGACGACAUUGUACGAACUGUUGAUGAUAUAGCAGAAGGAGCAGGGGAAAUAGCGGCUUUAGCCACAUUAAUGUUUGCUCCGAUUCCUUUGCAAGAAUGCCUAAGCAGUGGUAGUGUUAACAGACAUUAUAGCUCCUAUCAAUGCACUUUGGAAAACCUUAGACCUGCCCUUCAGCGGUUCCCCACGUUAUGGCGCACACUUGUCACAGCUUGUUUUGGACAAGGUCCUUACAAUGUUUUUGCUCCGAAAACAACAGUGUCUGGUGUUUCUGACAUAUUAGACUACUUGAAUUGGAGGGAAAAUGUAUUCUUCUCUUCUGCACAUGACACUUCACUACUGCAGAUGGUCCCUUGCUGGUUCCCAAAGGCUCUCCGGAGAUUGAUUCAGCUGUAUAUUCAGGGGCCAAUUGGAUGGCAAUCACUAGUGGAUCCGCAGACUGGAGAAUUUUCUAUAGAGAGAUAUAUCUAUUAUUUAGUAAAUUCCAGUGAUCAUGCUGAGAUCAGUGCCUUGUCCUGGGAAGUCGCAGUCCAAAAACACAUAAAAGAGGAAAUAUAUGCAAUUUCGUUAGAGGAAACUGGGCCAGGACUUGAGCACUAUUUGCAUCGUGGUCGUGCAAUGGCAGCCUUCAAUCAUCUUCUUGCUGCAAGGGUCCAAAAGUUGAAGUCUGAAAACACAUUCAACGGGCGAACUGUGGCCUCUUUAAAUGAGCAAACAAAUGUCCAAUCAGAUGUGCAUGCCUUGCUUGGACCAAUAACUCAGAACGAGGGGUCUCUUCUCUCAUCUGUCAUACCCCUUGCUGUUGUGCAUUUUGAGGACACAGUGUUUGUGGCGUCCUGUGCCUUGCUUCUGGAGUUAUGUGGUCUGUCUGCUAGCAUUCUCCGAAUUGACAUUGCUGCUUUAAGAAGGAUAUCUUCUUUCUAUAAAUCUAAUGAUAACAAUCCUUAUAAGCAACUGUCCCCAAAGGACAAUGCAUUUUAUUCGAAAUCUCUUGAAGUUAAUAUAACAGAAUCUCUUGCACGAGCAUUGGCUGAUGAUUAUCGUCACGAUUAUGUAAUGGAAAAAGGUGACAAAAAUUAUGGCACUAGCAAUCAACCAACGCGAGCUCUCAUGCUUGUUCUGCAGCAUUUGGAGAAAGCAAGUCUUCCAUUGCUGUCUGAUGGAAUGACAUGUGGUUCUUGGCUAUUGACUGGAAAUGGGGAUGGACCUGAUCUAAGAUCUCAGCAAAAAGUUGCAAGCGAGCGCUGGCAUUUAGUUACAGUUUUUUGUCAGAUGCAUAACAUUCCUUUGAGCACUAAAUACCUUGCCAUAUUAGCAAGAGACAAUGAUUGGGUUGGUUUUUUGUCAGAAGCUCAGUUUGGAGGAUAUUUAUCUGAUACUGUCAUCCAAGUGGCAUCAAAGGAGUUUAGUGAUCCCCGUUUAAAGAUUCAUAUAUUAACAGUUUUGAGAAGCAUGUUAAGGAAAAAAGUUAGUUCUUCAUCAAAUUUGGAUGCUGCAGAAAAAAGGAAUGAAACUUCCUUCUCAAAUGAAAACCUUUACACACCUGUAGAACUAUUUGGAAUUAUAGCAGAAUGUGAAAAAGGGGAAAAGCCUGGGGAAGCUCUUCUACUGAAAGCAAAGAAUUUGCGCUGGUCAAUUUUGGCAAUGGUUGCAUCUUGCUUUGCUGAUGUCUCCCCAUUGUCCUGCCUAACUGUUUGGCUCGAAAUAACUGCAGCAAGGGAGACUUCAGCCAUUAAAGUUAAUGACAUUGCAUCCCAGAUGGCCAAAAAUGUUGCAGCUGCAGUAGAGGCUACAAAUUCCCUGCCAGGAAAUGCUAGAACUGUAACAUUUCAUUAUAACAGGAGAAGUCCAAAACGAAGGCGGCUUAUGGAACCCAUUUCACUGGAUUCCCUUGCUUUGACAGCAUCUAAAAUGUCUACUAGCUCUGGUAGUACCAAGACUCAAGGAGUUAUUGCUAAAAAGGAAAAUCAAGAUGGUGAAGAUGUUGAGGUUUCAGCUGAGGUUGAUGACGUGGCUGGUCUUUUGUCAAGAAUGGUUGCUGUGCUCUGUGAACAGCACCUGUUCCUUCCUCUGCUGCGAGCUUUUGAGAUUUUUCUUCCUUCGUGUUCUCUUUUGCCGUUUGUCCGUGCUCUUCAGGCCUUCUCCCAAAUGCGCCUUUCAGAGGCUUCGGCACAUCUUGGAUCCUUUGCUAUAAGCAUUAAGGAAGAGUCUUCUCAUACACACACUCACUCUGGAAGAGAAAGGCACAUUGGAAAUUCAUGGACAAGUUCUACUGCUGUAAAAGCAGCUGAUGCAAUACUUGCAACUUGCCCAUCUCCAUAUGAAAAAAGAUGCUUGCUACAGCUACUCGCUGCAACUGAUUUUGGUGACGGAGGAUCUACUGCAACAUAUUAUCGACGACUCUAUUGGAAAAUAAAUUUGGCUGAACCUUCACUAAGAACUGAUGAUCAUUCACACCUAGGAAAUGAAACAUUGGAUGAUGCUUCACUUUUAUCAGCAUUAGAGAAGAAUGGGUAUUGGGAGCAGGCACGCAAUUGGGCCAGGCAGUUAGAGGCCAGUGGUGAAUCCCUCUGGAAAUCAGCAGCCAAUCAUGUUACAGAAAUGCAGGCUGAAGCCAUGGUUGCAGAAUGGAAGGAAUUUCUUUGGGAUGUCCCAGAAGAGAGAAUUGCUUUAUGGAGCCAUUGUCAAACACUUUUUCUCAGAUAUUCCUUCCCAGCAUUGCAGGCAGGGCAAUUUUUCCUCAAACAUGCUGAGGUGGUUGAGAAAGAUCUUCCAGUGAGAGAGCUUCAUGAACUAUUGUUACUUUCUCUACAGUGGCUCAGUGGAAUGAUAACUCAGUCUAAUCCGGUUUAUCCGUUGCAUCUUCUGCGAGAGAUUGAGACCCGAGUGUGGUUGCUAGCUGUAGAAUCAGAAGCUCAGGUGAAGAAUGAAGGAGAAUAUGCAUUAACCUAUACUACCUUGGAACCUGGAACUGGGAAGGGUUCCAAUAUAAUAGAUAGUACUGCAAAUGUUAUCUCAAAAAUGGAUGACCAUAUAAAUGGAAUGAAAAGUAAAAUUUCAGAGAAGCAUGAUGCUAGAGAAAAUAGUCAGACACGUUUCAGAAUCCCCCAAACUGUUGACUCCAGCUUUUCGAGUAUUGCAGGAGGUGGUUCAAAGAUAAAACGCAGAGCCAAAGGCUUUGCAUCAUCCAGAAGGCCUUUACUUGAUGUGUUGGAUAAGAACUUUGAGUCUGAAGGUGGACCUCUUCCCGUCAAUAACAGAGAUGACUCACAAUUAGUAGAUGAAAACUUUAAAAUGGAUAUAUCAUUAUCAAGAUGGGAGGAAAGAAUUGGACCUGCUGAGCUAGAAAGGGCCGUUCUUUCUUUGUUAGAUUUUGGGCAAACAACAGCUGCCAGACAACUGCAAAAUAAGUUGUCUCCAGGCAAUAUACCAUCUGAAUUCACACUUGUAGACGUUGCUCUCAAGCUGGCCUCUCUGUCAACUCCUCACAAUAAAUUAUCCGUAUCAGUGUUGGACAAUGAAGUACGCUCUUUCAUACAGUCGUACAAUCUACAGAUUGACCAUCAUGUGAUUGACCCCCUGAAGGUAUUGGAGAUUUUAGCAACCAUUCUCAUGGAAGGCAGUGGACGUGGACUAUGCAAGAGAAUAAUAUCAGUUGUCAAGGCUGCAAACGUGCUUGGUCUUUCUUUCUCGGAGGCAUUUGAGAAGCAACCAAUUGAGCUGCUACAACUGCUUUCUCUUAAAGCACAAGAUUCUUUUGAGGAAGCCAAUCUUCUGGUGCAAACUCAAUCAAUACCAGCUUCUAGUAUUGCUCAAAUUCUCGCUGAAUCCUUUUUAAAGGGACUAUUAGCUGCACAUCGUGGAGGAUAUAUGGAUUCUCAGAAGGAGGAAGGACCUGCUCCUCUGCUAUGGAGAUUCUCGGACUUCUUAAAGUGGGCUGAGCUUUGUCCUUCUGAGUCAGAAAUUGGCCAUGCAUUAAUGCGAUUGGUUAUCACCGGGCAAGAAAUCCCCCAUGCGUGUGAGGUUGAGCUUCUCAUUCUCUCCCAUCACUUUUACAAGUCCUCAGCAUGCCUUGAUGGAGUUGAUGUUCUUGUAGCUCUUGCAGCAGCCAGGGUAGAAUCAUAUGUGUCGGAGGGUGAUUUUUCAUGUUUGGCUCGCCUGAUAACAGGAGUUGGAAACUUCCAUGCUCUUAAUUUCAUACUUGGAAUUCUUAUUGAAAAUGGACAGCUAGAUCUCCUCCUUCAAAAAUACUCGGCUGCUGCAGAUGCUAACAGUGGCACUGCUGAAGCUGUUAGAGGAUUCCGAAUGUCUGUUCUCACAUCACUCAAGCAGUUUAACCCAAAUGAUCUUGAUGCAUUUGCAAUGGUUAGUACAGCUGUGCUUUUGUAA